CGUCACGUGACGCGUCAACUUUCACCCAGGAUGUCUACCUCUGGACUUCCCCUUAGCAACGAAGUGGCGGCGCUGGGUUUCUCUAGCAACGGAGCGACGCCUCGGCUGCGUGGAGCUAGACCGGUAGCCGGGCUGCAGGAGGAUGAACCGGAUAUGCAACUGGAUUGAGCCCAGGGUGAUAGACGAUGAACUGCUCAAGCAGGCAGUGUGGGACCAGGGCCCCCAAGAAGAGGCUGGGCAGCUGGCCAGACAGGAGGGCAUCCUCUUCAAAGAUGUCCUGUCCCUGCGGUUGGACUUCCAGAACAUCCUCUGCAUAGACAACCUCUGGCAGUUCGAGAACCUGAGGAAGCUGCAGCUGGACAAUAACUUUAUAGAGAAGAUCGAGGGCCUGGAGAACCUCACACAGCUGGUCUGGCUCGACCUGUCCUUCAACAACAUCGAGGCCAUCGAGGGGCUGGAUACGCUGGUGAACCUGGAGGACUUGAGUUUGUUCAAUAAUCGGAUCACCAAGAUCGACUCCUUGGAUUCCCUCGUCAAGUUGCAGGUGCUCUCACUGGGUAACAACCAGCUCAACGACCUAAUGAACCUUAUCUACCUACGGCGGUUCAAGAACCUGCGGACGCUCAAUCUUGCUGGGAACCCCCUUACCGAGGCGGAGAAUUACAAGAUUUUCAUCUGCGCCUACCUGCCUGAUCUCGUGUACCUGGACUUCCGACGCAUUGAUGACCGCAUGGCAAAGAUGGCGGAGACCAAAUACCAGUACAGCAUCGACGAGCUGAAGCACCGGGAGUUCCUGGCGCAGGGGCGCUUAGAGAAGGAGCAGGCCCGGCAGCUGGAGCUGAACCAGCACAAGGCCGCGUUUGUGGAGCACCUGGAUGGCCCCUUCCUGUUCAACAGCAUGUAUGCCGAGGACACAGAGGGCAACAGGCUGGCCUCCCUACCCGGCGUCAGCGAGCUCCUGGAGGUCUACAAGGAGAAAUUUGUCAUCAUCUGCAUGAACAUAUUUGAAUAUGGCCUGAAACAGGAGGAGAAGCGGAAGGUGGAGGUAGAGACCUUCAUGGAAUGUGUGAGUGAGGCCAUCCAGGAGAACCAGGAGCAGGGCAAACGGAAGAUCACCGAGUUCGAGGAGAAUCACCUGCUGAGUUUAGGUGGUUUAAGUGACAUUCGAGAGGAGUCUGAACUGACCAUGGAUGCAAAGAUCACGGAAUACAAUGAAGACAUCACAGAGCUAUUCAAUGUGCUCAUGACACUGGAGAUGCAGUUGGUAGAGCAGCUGGAGGAGACUAUAAACAUGUUUGAGAGGAACAUCAUCGACUUAGUGGGACUCUUCGUUGAAAACGUCCAAAGCCUGAUGGCUCAGUGCCGGGACCUGGAGAACCACCACCACGAGAAACUCCUGGAGAUCUCCAUCAACACCCUGGAGAAGAUUGUCAAGGGCGACCUGGACGACGAGAUGCCUGACGAGCUGCGCUCGCUUUUUGUUGAUAAAGACACCAUUGUCAAUGCUGUCGGGGCAUCACAUGACAUCCACCUCCUGAAGAUUGACAAUCGAGAAGAUGAGCUGGUUACCAAGGUCAACUCCUGGUGUACACAGUUAGUGGACAAGAUCCACAAGGAUGAGAUCGCCAGGAAUCGCAAGCGAGUGAAGGAAAUCAACCAGUACAUCGACCACAUACAGAGCGAACUAGACAACCUGGAAUCUAGUGAUAUUUUAGAUUAGGGUGUCUGCUAGAAUGCCUCAUGAAAACAGCCCCUGGGCCCAACUUGGACACACACCUUACAGCACCUCAGAAGAGUUGCUGGGACCAGUCAC